GUAGCCAGGGCUGACAUGGAACUCCCAAUACUCCAGCUUGAGUGCCAGGAUUAUAGGCAGUUAUCAUGCCCAGCUCCACAAAUCCCUGCCUGUACCUUCUCCACCCUUGCUGGUGACAUAUCUUACAUUUGAAAUGUUCCAGACAGGAUGGUCCCAACCUGGGUGUGAGGAACAGCUUUCCACACAUGGGGACACCCAAGUGCCUCCAACCCACCCACCUCCUAUUCCUGAAGGUCUCUCAGGCACUGAUUCGUUCCUUCAGCUCAUCUGCCCGGCACAGACUGGAAAACCGUGUGGCAGAGAAGCAGAAACUCUUCCAGGCUGACAAUGAUCUCCCAGUAUACUUGAAGGGAGGGGGAAUGGACAGCGCCCUAUUUGGCCUGACUAUGGCACUGACAAUGGGAGGUACUAUCUACAGUUUGUACUUCCUGGGCUGUGCCACCUUCCCCCACAAGAAGUGAAGUGAAACCAAGGAGCGUGGAGGAC